AUGGCAAAGGGGCUCCGAUCCAGUGUCAAGAAGCACAACAAAGCUUUGUUGCGCCAAAAGGUCUUUGGGCCUGCAGCGGAUGCGAGGACAGAGCGGCUCUCUGCUAAACUGAGAGAGCUGGCGGGCACAUCCAAGGCGGAUGCUAGCAUGAUGGAUGCCGAUACAAAUAACACAGACGCUACAGCAGAGAGAUCUAAAAUUGAUAUAUUGAAAGAUGCUGAGCCCACUCCCCUCAAGAUCGAAGGUGGAAUUUCCCGCAAGACUGGCAGAAUUGAAAAGCGCACACGAAGAAAACCCCGUAACACCAUAACAUUUGCGCCACACCCAGGAAAAGUGAAGAGAGCGAAUGCGAACAAGAAGCGAUGA